AUGGCCCUGCCCUGGACACUAUUUUUGGUUCUCUUGGGUUUCUACGCUGAGGGAGCUCACGCAUGGUGUCCUUUAGAGGAUGAACUGUACAUCGAUGAGCCAGUCAGUGACCCUGACAUAGUGAAGUUUGCACUGAGUGCAUUCCACAAGCAGAGCAAGGAUGAAUAUGCCUACAGGUCGAUUCAUGUCAUGCAUUUCUCAAAGGUACAGGGAAAACUACCAGAAACUUUCCUCAUGAAGUUGAGGCUGAGAAGAACCAUCUGUAAGACAUCCGAGGACCGCCUAGACACCUGUCCUUUUCAGGACAGCCCUGAACUAAAAAACAUCUUCAUCUGCUCCUUCACCAUCAGUUCCCCACGCUCUAAACAGUUCAACAUGGUGAAAAUGACUUGCUCUUAG